AUGGCUGGUGUUGUUGACGUCUUGCACGUCGACUUGCAGUUGAAUUUCCUGAGCAUUGAUGGAAACCAGUUAAUAGGAACGAUUCCAUCGAGUAUUGGAAGCCUCAUUGGUCUCUCCGUUCUAUCAGCUGAGGCCAAUGAUCUCGAAGGUCCAAUUCCUUGGUCCAUUGGAAAACUUCAUGACUUGCAAGAAAUCUACCUAAGAGGAAAUAGGCUGACAAAUGAGAUACCAAUGUCAUUUGGGAACUUGACUUUGUUGAACUUUCUCCUCUUGAAGCAAAACAAUCUUUAUGGAAGUAUACCUGCAAGUCUUGGCAACUGCACCAGCUUGUCACUCUUAGAUCUUGCAGAGAACAAUCUCAAUGGUUCAAUACCUCCUGAAAUUAUGAGGCUUUCAUCCAUUUCUAUCGGAUUUAACGUAUCCCACAAUGCCUUGAUGGGUGCUAUUCCAUCAGAAGUUGGUGCAUUGAGAAAUCUUGUGGAAUUGGACUUGUCCUACAAUAGAUUAACCGGAAACAUCCCGACUUCUUUGAGUAGUUGCAUCAUGCUCAGUUGGCUUGUCCUCAGUAGGAAUUCUCUUCAAGGAGAGAUACCUGACAGCCUCAAGAGUUUGAGAGGUUUACAAUAUUUGGAUCUUUCACAUAAUAACCUUUCAGGAUUCAUUCCAAGAUUUCUUAGCGAGUUUCGUCUGUUAUACCUUAACCUUUCCUUCAAUGAGCUGCAAGGUGAAGUCCCUAUUCUUGGAGUUUUCCAAAAUGAAAGUGUAGUCUCACUUGAAGGAAACCAAUACUUGUGUGGAGGUAUUGCAAUCCUAAACCUUCCUUCUUGUCCAUCAUCACCAAAAUCGAACAACAAAGGUAUAGGUAAUAUAUUGAUCCCAACUAUUGUUGGAGUCACAUGCCUAGUAGCCCUUGCAGUGUGCUUCUCUGUGAUCAUAAUCUACAAGCGACGAGCACCGCAAAAUGUUGAAAUGCCCAUAUUCCAAAUGUCGGACUUUUUGAGGCUAUCAUAUGCAGAUCUCUUGACUGCCACAGAAGGAUUCUCGGAGACAAAUCUACUUGGUGCAGGGAUAUUUGGAUCUGUUUACAAAGGAAUUAUCAAUGAAGAUGAUGAGCAGACAGAUGUGGCAGUGAAGGUUCUUAAUCUUAACGUAAGAGGAGCUUGUAAGAGUUUGGCAUCAGAAUGCAAUGCAUUGAGAGGCAUACGACACAGAAAUUUGCUCAAGAUUGUGAGUGUAUGUGACAGCUCUGAUUUUCAAGGGAAUGAAUUUAAGGCAUUGGUAUAUGAAUUUGUGGCCAACGGAAGCCUCGAGAACUGGCUUCAUUCUGAGAGUGAAGGCAGGGGAGCUCUAAGUGCUAUUCAGAGACUCAAUAUUGCCAUAGAUAUUGCAUCGGCAGUUGAGUACAUGCAUUGUGGAACUGGCACCAUAGUUAUUCAUGGAGAUUUGAAGCCGAGUAACAUUCUAUUGGAUCAAGACAUGGUUGCCAAAGUUGGUGAUUUUGGUUUAGCCAAAAUUGUUUCAAGCAUUACACAGAGCUUGCCAUCUGCGGAAAGAAGCAGUUCAUCUGCAAUAAAGGGUACCAUAGGCUACAUUGCUCCAGAGUAUGGCAUGAAUUAUGUUGCAUCAACUCAAGGGGAUGUAUACAGUUACGGAAUUCUUGUUCUUGAGAUGUUCACAAACAGAAGACCAACAAGUGAUGCAUUCGAAGGAUGCCUAAAUCUCCAGGACUUCGUUAGCACAGCCUUAACCGACCGUGUAACCGAAGUAGUGGAUCCAUGCCUGCAUGAAGAACUUAAUGUCGAUGAAAAGUUUUGGGAUUGCAUUGUUUCAAUUCUGAGGAUUGGAGUGAGAUGCUCGAAGCAACUUCCAAGAGAUCGCAUGUCGAUGACAGAGACAGUGCAAAAUGUUGGAAUCCCCAUUGUCCAAAUGUCGGACUUUUUGAGGCUAUCUUAUGCAGAUCUAUUGAGUGCCACAAAAGGAUUCUCCGAGACAAAUCUGCUUGGUGCAGGGAGAUUUGGAUCUGUAUUCAAAGGAACUAUCAGUGAUGACGAUGAGAAGAAGGAUGUUGCAGUGAAGGACUGA